AUGAAGCAAAGACGAAGUCGCAAGAAAAGUACCAGCAGCGAUUCCGAUCCGAAAUCCACUCACAGCUCUUCUCCGUCUGCAAAUUCUACUUCAUUCAUUGGUCACGAGCUACUGGAAUGGCAGGGCGAGAAUCACGCGGUCAACCGAGCUUUGGCGAUUGAUACUCGCACUUUUGACACGAAGGAGGCGCUCCUCAUAAGUUCUAAAAUUCGUAAGGAUCAGGAAGCCUUCUUAGGCGUUCUUGUGGCUCGUGGUAUUACGCCAUCUUUCUUCGCUACGACCACAGCGUCCGAAGCCACAGGCAGCCAAAUCGUCGUGAAGUCCACGCCGGGAUCCGACCUCGAAGCCAUGGUAAAGGAAAAGACUGUGCGGCUUUCCCAAGUUUCCUUUGCGGUAAAAGCAUCUAAAUUCGGAAGCAACUCCUUUCAUGUCCCAAAGGGGAUGAACAACAAAUGGUCUUGGAAGCUCUUGUUGGGAAUGAGUAAGAACGCGUUGCAAAUCGUUCCAUCGUUGCAAGAAGAUGCAUCUCACGCUAUAAGCGACAAACCUGGUACCGGCCUUCCCAUAGAUGUCACUCUUCUUACAAGCGAUAUUUCUUUUUUUGCGGAUCUAAACGAAAAUGCACACGGCCAGGCAGCCUUGACUUUUUGGGAUUCUGCGAUUCCGUAUUUCCAAAACUCAGAAAUCUCAUCGAUACAAAUCGUAAUCGCGAAAACGGGAAUGCUGGCGCUUCAAAUUCCUCCCACAGAAAGCGAAAAUGACGACGAUACGAUCAACAGGGUGCGGCAACCAAGCACGAUGGCUCGUCAGCACGAAAUUGGCAUCAUGAGAUGCAUUCAUUCUAUACAGCUUGCUUUUGCGGGGCGAUACGAAGAGUAUUCUAAAUCCAGCAACUCGGAGACGACCGGGCCACCGAUAGAUAUUGGUCUCUCAUCAAUUGACAGCUCGCCUGUUGGAUAUCACUUUCUUGCUCGUCAAUGGGCAAGGCAAUCCGUCCUGGCCCACGCCGCUCGGAAGCGCCUGCAGUUCAACUUACCAGAGACUCUGGAGGGUACACAAUGCGCCAUCUCAUUUGAUAUGAGCUACGAAGUCUUGCCUUUUCCAGUGAAUGGGCCCAGAGCGACUUCGAUCCUCAAUGACCUGGAUGUCCUUUCAAAUUCAUCCGUUGAAGUUGUUCAGACCGUGCCACUUUCUUCUAUCGACGCAAGCUUGCUUUUUGGUCUGCCAAUUACGGUCAAGAAUGGACUAGAAAACGGUUUUGAUCAGUAUCAAACAAUGGAAGUAUUGGUGUACUCCUUGCUACGGAACUUACAGGAAAGAGAGCUUGCAUUACUCCUCCAGACUGCACCUCAACACGGACAUACGAAAAGCGCUUCGCAAAGCCUUUUUGGUAGUGCGGGUUCCCAAAUGUUCCUUCUCAUGGCGAAGGAAUUGCCCAAGUCGCUGAGCCAACAACCCCAAUGUGGCAUCUUGUUUCGCUACGCGGAAGCCAUUCAUUUGAUCGGAGAAGCCUCGUCCACCACUCAAAUUUCUCUCAUUGAUCCUGAUACUGAAAGCCAGCUGGUUGACUACGUAGACCAAGCGUUAGACUGUCUAGAGUGUAGCACACCAAAUCCGCAGUACAUGGAGCACGUCGUGCCAUCGUCGGACAAGCAAUCAAGGUUGAGGGAAAUGGCCACCAGUCUAGCAACUAACAUGCAUGCCUAA